AUGCAGGCUGUGCAUGUUCUGUUAAGAGGAGUUCUUCUAAGUCUCAGUAUCUCCCUCUUGGUUUUGGCCAAGGAUCUGCAGGAGUGCGAGGACCUAGGACAAGGCAGUCACCUGUGCCGCGAGAUCGAAAGCUUCGAGCAACUGAGUCGCUAUGUGGGCGAAAACUGGCUCAGAGUCAAGGUGGUAAACGAACACACUGGCAUUGAGGAUGAGGAUCAGGAGAAGGAGUUUACCAGUCUCUCCAAGCUACUGCAUCUAGAUCUAUCCGAGGCUGAUGGUUUUACCCUGGCAGAGCGGGGAGUGCGCGACUUUAAGGCUCUGCAAGAGCUCAAUAUCACCCACUGCCAGCUGGAGGAGCUGCAGGAGCAGCACUUUCCCAAUGCCUCUAAAAUCACCAAUCUUGAUGUGAGCUACAAUGACAUACAGCUUAUAACAGGAAAGGUUAUGAACAGACUCCCUGAUCUGGAGUAUGGCAACUUUUCCAACAAUUUAAUUGCUGAGAUAGAACCCGAUGCCUUUCGUGGCCUAAAGAAGCUGCGCUUUCUAGAUUUCACCACCAAUGAGCAGGAGAAUAUAACUCUGGGAGAGAACAAGAAUCUGAGGUAUCUGUCCAUAAGCAACAACAAUGUGAGAGAUUUCCAAUGGUGCCGCAUGCGUGGCUUACCCAAGCUGGAGGAGCUUCACCUGCACAGCAAUUGGCUGGAGAACCUGGACAUGGGCAUAUUCUAUGCCCUGCCCAAGCUGAGGGUUUUUAAUGUUUCCAACAACAACUUGUAUGACAUCAAAAGAACCCUGUUCAUGUCACCAGAUGAACGACCCCCGCUGGAGCUGCUGGACUACAGCUCAAAUAAUGUGAAGGUUCUGGAUGACUCUGUGUUCUGCAGACUAGGAAACCUUAAAACCCUCAAUCUCUGGCUCAAUCAGAUUAACAAAAUCCAUCCCCGGGCCUUUUUGGGUCUGUUUUCCCUGCAAUCCCUGCAGCUGCAGGGCAACAAGAUCUCUUCUUUACCAGACGAGCUCUUUGCUAAUCUCACCUCCUUGGAGCAACUAGAUUUAAGCAGAAAUAAUAUCAAAAAGUUGGGUUUAAGAGUCUUUGGCGGCACUAUACUCCGGCAGCUGACUCACCUGAAUUUGAGCAACAACUAUAUAUCGGAUCUACAUCCUCUGGCUCUCUCCUCCCUACCUUUUCUCAAAGAACUACGCUUGGGGAGAAACAAGCUGGUAAGUCUAGACCUGCGCAUGUUUGCCCCUCUUCGACGACUGCAGUUGCUGACAAUUGGAGAGAAUCGCCUGGAGGAGAUUGAGCCCGAGAUCCUAAACACCUUUGAGCGUCUCACUCACCUGGAGAUCAACAACAAUCGGCUGGCAUUCUUGCCGGAUUUGAAGGCUUCACAGAAUCUGCAGUUGCUGAGAUAUAUUAGCCUCGAGGGCAACCCCUGGCAGUGUCUGUGUCUGGACGAGAUCACCGCCUGGCUGGACUCAAGAAGAGUGAGCUAUGCCCGUCCCAGCAGUGCUUAUUUUAGUGGCAGAAAACCCCUGUGCGUGGUCACCCCAAUGGAUAAGUGUCAGCGAAAACUGGAGGAUGUACGGGCUCAGGGGAUAGUCGAGAGCUACGAGAAGAUUUGA